AUGUUUGGUCAGAAAAAUGCUUAUAAUAUUUCAUACGAAACUGUUAGCGAGUUGUCUCUUGACCUCGCAUAUGGUUCAACAGAUCAAAAUGAUAUUCUCCCGAGGCAAGGAAAUCCAUUUGCAGAUCCAAAAGUUGCUGAAUACUAUAAAGAGAUCUAUGAAAGAGCAGGGUACGAAUGCAGAAGUGCCUAUGAUCCCUUGUUUGAGUGGAGUAAUGUGGAAGAAGAGGAUAUAGUACGUAAGCUUGAUUAUCGGGUUGCAUUAACUGCCUGUAUCCUAUUUGCAGGGUUACAGAUUGAUAGAGGUAACCUUGGACAAGCCAUAUCUGAUAACAUGUUAGACGAUUUGAAUCUAGAUACAAAUAACUACAAUACAGGUAAUACUAUCUUUUUGGUCUGCUUCUUGUUGGCCGAAUUACCGUCACAAUUAAUUUCGAAGGCACUAGGUCCCGAUGUAUUUAUUCCGAUUCAAAUUAUUAUGUGGAGCAUUAUUGCCAUGUCACAGGGACUAUUAAAUGGAAAGAUUUCAUUCUAUAUAACCAGAGGAUUAAUUGGGGUGCUAGAGGGUGGGUUUAUUGCAGAUAUUGUUCUUUGGCUCACUUAUUUCUAUAAGGCUAAUGAAUUACCAAUCAGACUUUCCUGGUUCUGGACUACUCUAUCUUGUGUACAAAUUUUUACAUCUAUUCUAGCCUUUGGGAUAUUGAGGAUGCGAGGUGUAUUCAACUUGGAAGGAUGGCGCUGGUUGUUUAUAUUGGAGGGACUAUGUACCUUCUGCAUAGGUUUGUUCUCCUUCUAUUUGAUGGUGCCAUCUGCGACCCAAACCAAAAAUAGAUUCCAUCCAAAAGGCUGGUUCUCUGAAAGAGAGGUUAAAAUUGUCGUGAAUCGUGUUUUGCGUGAUGAUCCCUCUAAAGGUGAUAUGCAUAAUAGACAAGGUUUGGAUUUUAGGGCUGUUUUAGACACAUUAUGUGAUUAUGAUUUAUGGCCAAUAUACGUUAUUGGUCUCCUUGCCUACAUUCCCACGGGAGCAGUAUCCCCUUACUUAACUUUAACUUUAAAGCAGUUGGGAUUUUCAACAUUUAAUGUGAAUUUAUUGACCAUUCCAUAUAAUAUUUUGCAUAUUAUCAUGCUUUUGCUGAUUACAUGGAUUUCUGAAGCUAUAAACGAAAGAACGUUGAUUUGCUUGGUUUUACCUAUAUGGUCUGUUCCAUUGCUUGCUCUUCUUAGGUGGUGGAGUGGAAGCAUGGUUAAUGUAUGGGGGACAUGGUUACUUUGUACACUAUUUUUAGGUGGUCCCUAUAUUCAUGCAAUAUGUGUGUCUUGGGUGUCAAGAAAUUCAAACAGUAUUAGGACAAGGACAAUUGCAUCUGCCCUUUAUAACAUGUCUGUUCAAAUGGGUAGCAUUAUUUCAUAUAAUAUCUACAGGAAAGAUGAUGCUCCGUUCUACCAUAGAGGUAACCAAAUGUUAUUUAAAUUUGCCGUUUCGAUGUUUCCAAUAUUACUAUUGGUCAAGCUUUAUUAUGUUUAUAGAAACAAGUCUAGGGAUAUUAUUUGGAAUGCCAUGUCUCUUGAACAGCAAGAGGAUUAUAUUAGCAAUACGAAAGAUAUUGGUAAUAAACGAUUAGAUUUUAGGUUUGAUCAUUAA